ACAAAAUGACACAACAAUCAUUUCCAAAACGCGGGCCCGUCUCUACUCGCAGGUCACCGCGUUUCGAUUGGGCACAAACAAAAUUGCAGUUACGGUGUAACUGAUACAGUCUUGAGAAGCGCGGAACUCAGAUCUCCAACUACGAGGCUAGAUUCUGAGCAGCGGCCCCUCCAAUGAGCCGUCAUAUAAAUUGGAGAUUCGAUUACUCGCUAAUACUAUUGCGCAAUACUCCGGAAGCAUAAGUACAUCUUCAGAGGGAACUCCAGCGAUUCUGAUUGCACACCACAACUUUCGAUCACAGGAACAGCUGCUGUCGCUUGCAGUUGAACAUCUAUUGGCUUCUUAAGCUUGCAACAAUAUGAGUGAGUCCGAUACCACUGAGUUGGCGGUCUCCCCAGAACUUAUUGCGACCUCGGAGGUGUUCACUGGUAUCACACGCCAGCAUGGCAAAGGGAGUAGAGCAUGGACGCUUUAUCCAUUUGCCUAUAUCAUCAUCAUCAACUAUCUGAUCUUCUUCUGGUGUUUACAUCGCUUUGUGAUAGAGAGACGCUUGAUGCCUUGGCUCAUUGGCCCCAGAUACAGAGAUUUGCCUGAAGCAAAGAAACGAACAGCCACAAACCACUUGAUGAAUAUCUUGUGGAAAGUUGUCGCACUCUUUGGUUUCUUCCCCUUCAUCAUGACUGUUGUUCUAGGACAUUCAAUGCGGGAACGGAUGCCGUCAGGGCAUGUGACAUAUGGCGACAUUCUAUGCUUGGACUACAUGCUCUUUGUCACAGGCUUCGUGUGGGAAUUGGUUUACCGCAGUCGAAUAAGCUUUGUUACUGCACUACACCAUCUUGUUGCAAUCUUCAUUUCGACACUCGCGGUGUUCAUGAUGCUCACUGAUCGUCAUGGCCAGGAGGGAGAAAACUAUUUGCAAAUCAUUUUUGUGUAUGGUUUCUUCGAAGUGUUCUUCGAGACUGGUCCUCAUGUGUGUAUGUUGAUGUACACACGCGAUCGAGGGAAUUCGAAAAAGCUGAAGCGAUCCUUCUUGAUCAUUGCCAUUAUGAGCUUUACCGGUACAUUCCUGGAGCAAUUUGCCAUCUUCUUCCUCUAUGCAAAACAUUUCAAGACUUGGGACUGGUCUAUCAAGAUACUCACGCCGAUCAUUCAUGUCUGUUUUGCUUCGGCGCAAAUUCACGGUGGUCGCAUCUUCCUGUCAAUGUCUCGCAAGAUGGCGAAAGAACAUGCUGCCAAUACUUCCUUAGAACGCGGCGUAAAGGAGAGUGAGCAGCAAGAACCAGAUGGAUCCAAGCUGACUACUACGGUGACGAUCAUUGAAGGCUGAAGAUGGUUGGAUGUGCAAAUGAUGCACUAGUUUUGAGCUUGACAAUUGAGAAGA